AUGGGUACAGCCCAACAUGAGACUUACACCCCCUCCCCUGGAUUUUCACGGGCCAGCGAGAGCUCACCGGACACCGCCAGAACUGUGACGCUUUCCAACACGUACCAUUGCCCUUAUAUAAUUGUGACUUUUCAUCACCAGGAGGGGCUGUUGGAUGUGGAAAAGCUGGAGUGUGAAGAUGAGCUGACUGGCACAGAAAUCAGCUGCUUACGCCUGAAAGGGCAAAUGAUCUACUUGCCUGAAGCAGACAGCAUUCUCUUUCUUUGUUCACCAAGUGUGAUGAACUUGGAUGAUUUAACCAGAAGAGGUUUAUAUCUGAGUGAUAUUCCAUUGCAUGAUGCUACCCGUGAUCUGGUUCUUUUGGGAGAGCAGUUCAGAGAGGAAUAUAAAUUGACUCAAGAGCUUGAGAUCCUCACUGACAGACUGCAGCACACACUGCGAGCACUAGAAGACGAAAAGAAAAAGACAGACACAUUACUGUACUCUGUUCUACCACCAUCAGUGGCAAAUGAGCUGAGACACAAGCGUCCUGUUCCAGCUAAGCGGUAUGACAAUGUGACCAUUCUUUUCAGUGGCAUUGUUGGAUUCAAUGCCUUUUGUAGUAAACAUGCCUCUGGAGAGGGAGCCAUGAAGAUUGUUAAUCUUUUAAAUGAUCUUUACACGAGAUUUGAUAUUCUGACUGAUUCACGAAGGAAUCCAUUUGUUUAUAAGGUGGAAACAGUUGGGGACAAGUAUAUGACAGUGAGUGGUCUACCAGAGCCUUGCAUUCAUCAUGCACGAUCUAUCUGCCACCUGGCAUUGGAUAUGAUGGAAAUAGCAGGCCAAGUUCAAGUAGAUGGUGAGCCUGUACAGAUAACAAUAGGAAUCCAUACCGGUGAGGUAGUCACAGGUGUUAUAGGCCAAAGGAUGCCACGUUACUGUCUCUUUGGAAAUACUGUCAAUCUAACAAGCAGAACAGAAACUACCGGAGAAAAGGGAAAGAUCAACGUCUCUGAAUAUACUUACAGGUGUCUUAUGACACCAGAAAAUUCAGAUCCUCAGUUCCACCUGGAAUACAGGGGUCCAGUUUCUAUGAAGGGUAAAAAAGAACCAAUGCAGGUUUGGUUUUUGUCCAGAAAGAGUACAGAGACAGAGGAAACAAAGCAAGAUGCUUUCUGAGCUGAGGAAAGAGGAAGAGGACGCUGAAUAGGGUGCAAUACUGUCUCCAAAUAGUGUGCCAGGCAGUAAGGUUGAGUUAUGGCUGUUAUUUCAUGUCGUAUCUCCCAUUGCCAUGUGCACUACCAUUGUCUUUUGCCCUACUCCUGAAAUCAUACUCACCAUUUUUCUCCAGGCUCACCUGCUAUUUUUUUUUUUCCUUAAUGCUUGGUAUUGUUGUAUCUCUGCUAUGAGCAUGUAUUUCAAGCUUUCCUUUUUUUGAUAUGCAUUUUUGCACAUCAGUCAUGUGGCCCUUCCUACCACCAAGAUAAUACUGAAUAAAAUUUUGUAGUAUGCACACCACAACUAACCACUUCAAUCUGAUGCUUCACAUCUUCAUCUUCAUCUCUGAAGUAUAGUGGUUACGUGAAUUAGUGACAUUUCUGGAAAGACAGGUAUUUCAGUUGUUGGGUGGAACAAUGAACCUAAAGAACUAUUUUUAAAAAUAAUACUAAAGCAGCAUUAUGAAAAUUAUUGUAUAAAUGUUGUUGAUCAGACUUAGUUCUACUGUUACCAUGCUUCCCAUUCAUUUUGUGAAUUAACACUUGAUGCACUGUAAAUUCC